GCUCAAUGAUGUGACAACGCCGUGGUUAAGGUCUGGUUGGAUUUAGUCGGAAAAACAAUUGGUUUGGGUUAAGUAAAGAUCAUGGUUUGGGUUAAAAUGAACACUUAAUAGAAAUCUCGCGAGAGUUAUCGCAAAUCUAGGGUUACCAUCUAGGCACGAACAACGCGUUGAAAGUCGGAAGUUUGCCUUUAGUUAGUGUGACACUUGACAAAAUGGCAGAAGAUAACAGUUAUGAGUCGAUGCUCUGUGUGAAGCCCGAGGUUCACGUUUACCGGAUCCCACCGCGGGCCACUAACCGUGGAUAUCGCGCUGCUGACUGGAAGCUGGAUGAACCUGCAUGGAGCGGCAGGAUGAAAAUCACAGCUAAAGGCAAGAUGGCCUUCAUCAAGUUAGAGGACAAAAACACAGGAGAGCUGUUUGCCCAAGCUCCGGUCGAACAGUAUCCAGGCUGUGUAGUUGAAGCAGUAACAGACUCCAGCAGGUACUUUGUGAUCCGGAUAGAGGACGGCAAUGGUCGUCAUGCUUUUAUCGGUCUUGGCUUUGCUGAUCGUGGAGACUCAUUUGACUUCAACGUAGCUUUACAAGACCAUUUUAAGUGGGUGAAGCAGGAAGGCGAGCUUGCAAAACUGGAAGCCUCUCAGAGCGCCGCACCUAAGCUGGACCUGAGCUUCAAGGAAGGACAGACUAUCAAGAUCAGCAUUGGGAACAUCAAGAAGAAGGAGGCAGGUGGUGCCAAACCGCGGCCCAUGGGUGGAGGUCUGCUCCCACCUCCACCAGGAGUGAAGGCUGGAGGUGUCAUACCGCCUCCUGGAGGCCAGCAGACGGCCCCAGCUGAACAAACAAACGCUGGUGAUCACUCCACUCUUUUAGACUUCGGGUCCCCCGUCCCUGCAGCUCAGCCCAGCUCUGACAUGUGGGGAGAUUUCACAUCAGCAGGUUCCAACUCCAGUAAAGAUGCUGUCACAUCGGGAUGGGUGCAGUUUAGUUGAGUGUGGUGAGAAAACGUUUGCACACUCAGGUUCCAAACAUUCCACGGACAGGAUGAUUGUGGCAAAAACAAAAAAAAGAAACUAAAAGUGGGGAACUGUUAGCAAACUUGACCGUCUCGUUGGCUGCACUCGUGCUGUAAAGAGUUUGUACACGUAAACAGUAGCUCGCCGACCAACAAACUCUGGAGGAACAAACAGUAAAAUGUACAUAUUUUUUUUUUACAAUCAUAUCCCCUUUUUUCCCCUCAUUGCUAUGCAGUAGGAUUCUUUGAUUUUUAGUAGUCAGGUCACCACUACACCUGUCAUUGUUGGAGUCUCUGCUCUAUUUGAGACAAGCGAGCAUAUUGAAGGUUGUCGGGUUACACUAAGCAGGUGAUAAUCUUGCCUUAAAUCACACGUUCCCUCAUUUUCAUUGUUUCUAGUCCUCUCACCGACCUCCUGUCUGCUCAUCUGCCCAGAAUCAGAUCAGAUUUGUGUCCCUUUUCUUUACAACAUCAUGCAUUACAUUUUCCUGUUUUCCUGUCAUACAGUUAUCUCAUUAUGACAGCGCCACUCAUCUCAAGGUUGUUUUUGGGAAAGUUGAAUAGUUUACCUAUUGAAGUAUCCAUGUUUUGUUUUCACUCUAUGCCAUGUAUGUGUGUUUUGUUUUCGGUUUGUAACUUUGCCAUCUCCCUUGGUUUUUUUUGUUUUAGGCGUUCUUGCAAAGCUGAGAUGAUUCACGGUGAUAUUAAUAUUUGAUGAUUAGUUUUACAUUAAAGCUCUUAAGCCUUCAUCAAAUAUACCAAGAUUUGUUUUUAAUCAGCGGUGUUGGGAAAAGGAUUUGAAUGCCGUUUCAUGUUUUGUUGUUCACGUUCAUCUUGGUAUACACCCUUCAUUCAUCUUUGCCUCAUGUGUUUUUGCUUUUUUUUUUAAUUGUGCCUUUUACCAAAUUGAAAUUUCCUUAAUCUUAUUGAUAAUUUGCAUCAAGUAUUUGAUCAAGUGCCUUUCUGGAAAAAAAAAGAAACCUAAAAUGUAAACCUAUGUCUUCUUGUAAAUAAACAAUAUAUUUCA